AUGCGCUCUAUAUCCCUCGCCCUCGCCGUCCUCGCGGCAACAACAACAACCCCCAUCUCAGCCCUGAACCUUCUCCCACGCCAGAACUCCUGCCCCUCCGUCUGGACCGACGUGGCCGCCUCUUUCGAAAAACAACUCACGACCUGCGGCAAAUUCGCCCACACCCUCAUCCGCCUUGCCUUCCAUGAUUGCAACUCUGGCUGCGACGGCAGCAUAAUCCUGACCGAUGAAUGCUCCUCCACCCAAAACCGUGGCUUAAAUGACACGUGCAACACCCUCCGCAGCAUGCGCACCCAAUUCAACGUCGGCGCAGCAGACAUCAUCCAAUUCGGCGCCGCCAUCGCCAUCACCGCCUGCCCCUUAGGUCCACGGGUACAAGCUUUCGUGGGCCGCGCCGACAAAGCGCAAGCCGCGCCCGUUGGCUCGCUACCUGAAAGCAGUGACUCCCCCGAAAAGCUAAUCGCGGAUUUCCAUGCCUUGGGGAUUUCGGCUAAGGAAAUGAUUGCAUUGUUGGGCACGCAUAGUGUGGCGAUUCAGCUGUUUGACGAUCCGAAGCAAGCCGGCAAAGGGCUGGAUAGUACGCCGUCGAGGUAUGAUACGUUGUAUUAUAACCAGACCAAGUUUCGGACGGCGCCGUAUACGCUGCAGAGUGAUUUUCAGUUGGCGCAUCAUAGUGAGACGGCAGGUAUUUGGGACUCAUUCAUCGAUUCUACGGAUGAAUGGACAAAGGUUUUCGUUCCGGCGUGGUUCAAGAUGUCGACGGUAGGGGUGGACACGAGUAAUUUGCAGGAUUGCUCGGACCUUGUUCCGGCUAGUAAGACGGCACGUCGUAGGAGCGCGGAUGGGGUGGCGAGGAAGUUUGAGGGGUGA